CAAAUAAGUGUGUGUCAGUGUAAUGCUUCUUCCCAAAUAAGUGUGUGUCAGUGUAGUGCUUCUUCCCAAAUAAGUAUGUGUCAGUGUAGUGCUUCUUACCAAAUAAGUAUGUGUCAGUGUAGUGCUUCUUCCCAAAUAAGUGUGUGUCAGUGUAGUGCUUCUUCCCAAAUAAGUGUGUGUAGGUGUAGUGCUUCGUCCCAAAUAAGAGUGUGUCAUUGUAGUGCUUCUUCCCAAAUAAGUGUGUGUCAGUGUAGGGCUUCUUCCCAAAUAGAUGUGUGUCAGUGUAGUGCUUCUUCACAAAUAAGUGUGUGUCAGUGUAGUGCUUCUUCCCAAAUAGGUGUGUGUCUGUGUAGUGCUUCUUCACAAAUAAGUGUGUGUCAGUGUAGUGCUUCUUCCCAAAUAGGUGUGUGUCCGUGUAGUGCUUCUUCCCAAAUAGGUGUGUUUCUGUUUAGUGCUUCUUCCCAAAUAGGUGUGUUUCUGUUUAGUGCUUCUUCCCAAAUAGGUGAGUGUCAGUGUAGUGCUUCUUCCCCAAUAAGUGUGUGUCGGUGUAGUGCUUCUUCCCAAAUAGGUGUGUGUCUAUGUAGUGCUUCUUCCCAAAUAGCUGUGUGUCAGUGUAGUGCAUCUUCCCAAAUAAGUGUGUGUCAGUGUAGUGCUUCUUCCCAAAUAAGAGUGUGUCAGUGUAGUGCUUCUUCCCAAAUAGGUGUGUGUCUGUGUAGUGUUUCUGCCCAAAUAGGUGUGUGUCAGUGUAGUGCUUCUUCCCAAAUAAGUGUGUGUCAGUGUAGUGCUUCUUCCCAAAUAAGUGUGAGACAGUGUAGUGCUUCUUCCCAAAUAAGUGUGUGUCAGUGUAGUGCUUCUUCCCAAAUAAGUUUGUGUCUGUGUAGUGCUUCUUCCCAAAUAGGUGUGUGUCUGUGUAGUGCUUCUUCCCAAAUAAGUGUGUGUCAGUGUAGUGCUUCUUCCCAAAUAAGUGUGUGUCAGUGUAGUGCUUCUUCCCAAAUAAGUGUGUGUAAGUGUCGAGCUUAUCGCAAAUAAGUGUAAGUCAGUGUAGUGCUUCUUCCCAAAUAAGUGUGUGUAAGUGUAGUGCUUCUUCCCAAAUAAAUGUGUGUCAGUAUAGUGCUUCUUCCCAAAUAAGUGUGUGUCAGUGUAGUGUUUCUUCCCAAAUACGUGUGUGUCAGUGUAGUGGUUCUUCCCAAA